GUAGCAAAUUGAGUCAAACAGAAGCAACUUAUAAUUUAAAAAAUGUCAUAAACUAAAUACAAAAAAAAAAAAAAAUAAAACAUUUAAAAUACAUAUAAAUAGUUUAAAAAAUAUAAAAAUACUAAAUAGAAUUACAAAUUGUAAAAAUGACGGAAACCAAUGCUCCGAUUGCCAUCAAAUCUUCACAAAUCCACGCCUCGAUAAUACCACCAGCUGGCAAUGACGAUAAUGUGCCAUUCUCUGCACGCGAACUUCAAUUGUUGUACGAAGAAAUUUUUAAGGAUCGCAAAAAGAAAGAGGACUGGCGUGAUGACAGUCGACAUCCGAGCUAUACUAACUUCACAGUGCCUUAUCACUUCAAAUGUCGCGAUCGCUAUCACGAAAGUAAGAAGGAGUAUGAGGAACAAUUUCAGCAUGAAAUCAAUCAAUUAAUGAAUAAUCUGAACACGGCAUACGAAGCUGCACGUUUCAAUCGCCAUUUGUGCAUCACUUCAUUGUGGCCGCCACUGCACAAUCGUGCUGAACUUAUACAUACGCAUCGUUACUAUUUUCGUCUGCGAUCCGAACAAAAGCGACGAUUACAUCAAAUUUUUGCUACCAAUUUUCAGUAACUAACUUAACAUUAUGUGGUUUACGAUACUAUGCGUUGAACAUACUAUUCUCACUAACGCAAUGAUUAUCAGACCCACUGUAAUGGAAAAACAUUUAUAUUCCUA